AUGAAAACCAUCCAACACCAGGAAAACCAUCCAACACCAGGAAAACCAUCCCACACCAGGAAAACCAUCCAACACCAGGAAAACCAUCCAACACCAGGAAAACCAUCCAACACCAGGAAAACCAUCCCACACCAGGAAAACCAUCCAACACCAGGAAAACCAUCCCACACCAGGAAAACCAUCCAACACCAGGAAAACCAUCCCACACCAGGAAAACCAUCCAACACCAGGAAAACCAUCCAACACCAGGAAAACCUUCAAACACCAGGAAAACCAUCCAACACCAGGAAAACCUUCAAACACCAGGAAAACCAUCCAACACCAGGAAAACCUUCAAACACCAGGAAAACCUUCAAACACCAGGAAAACCUUCAAACACCAGGAAAACCAUCCAACACCAGGAAAACCUUCAAACACCAGGAAAACCUUCAAACACCAGGAAAACCUUCUAACACCAGGAAAACCUUCAAACACCAGGAAAACCUUCAAACACCAGGAAAACCUUCAAACACCAGGAAAACCAUCCCACACCAGGAAAACCAUCCAACACCAGGAAAACCAUCCAACACCAUGAAAACCAUCCAACACCAGGAAAACCAUCCAACACCAGGAAAACCAUCCCACACCAGGAAAACCAUCCAACACCAGGAAAACCAUCCAACACCAGGAAAACCGUCCAACACCAGGAAAACCAUCCCACACCAGGAAAACCAUCCAACACCAGGAAAACCAUCCCACACCAGGAAAACCAUCCAACACCAGGAAAACCAUCCAACACCAGGAAAACCAUCCCACACCAGGAAAACCAUCCAACACCAGGAAAACCAUCCAACACCAGGAAAACCAUCCAACACCAGGAAAACCAUCCAACACCAGGAAAACCAUCCAACACCAGGAAAACCAUCCAACACCAUGAAAACCAUCCAACACCAGGAAAACCAUCCAACACCAGGAAAACCAUCCCACACCAGGAAAACCAUCCAACACCAGGAAAACCAUCCAACACCAGGAAAACCAUCCAACACCAGGAAAACCAUCCCACACCAGGAAAACCAUCCAACACCAGGAAAACCAUCCCACACCAUGAAAACCAUCCAACACCAGGAAAACCAUCCAACACCAGGAAAACCAUCCAACACCAGGAAAACCAUCCCACACCAGGAAAACCAUCCAACACCAGGAAAACCAUCCAACACCAGGAAAACCAUCCAACACCAGGAAAACCAUCCAACACCAGGAAAACCAUCCAACACCAGGAAAACCAUCCAACACCAGGAAAACCAUCCCACACCAGGAAAACCAUCCCACACCAGGAAAACCAUCCAACACCAGGAAAACCAUCCAACACCAGGAAAACCAUCCAACACCAGGAAAACCAUCAAACACCAGGAAAACCAUCCAACACCAGGAAAACCAUCAAACACCAGGAAAACCAUCCCACACCAGGAAAAGUGUGGAUGA